CCCAGUCAUGUUAGCCUGCGCGAUCGUUCGCUCAAGGUUCACAGUAUGCCGUAACCACACACCUUUGCUUCGUUUAUACCUGUCGCGUGGGCUGGCAACACACGUGCCUGAAUUCCGUAUUCCCGUAAUUGAUUUCGGCCGUUAUCAAAGUGCAGCAUCUCAAGAGCAAAAGCAAGAAACAGCCAACGCCAUAGUCGAUGGCUUCAAAACAGCUGGUUUCAUUUACAUCUCAAAUCAUGGAAUCCCAGGUCCAGUGAUUAAGAAUGUUUUCGAGAAGAGUGCAGCUUUCUUCAAGCUCCCCACAGAUGUUAAAGACAAGCUUGCAUGGGAAGACCCGCGCGCAAAUCGUGGAUACGUCCAGCAAGGCCGGGAGCGCGUAACACAAUCAAACGACGCUUCUGAAAUAGCUGCCAUGCGUGCAAAGGCUCCAGACUGCAAAGAAACUAUGGAAAUUGGCAGAGAUUGGGAUGCAACUUGGAAGAACCGAUGGCCUCAAGAGUCAGACUGCCCUGGAUUCAGAGAUACCAUGCUCAAGUUCUUCCAGACAUGUCAUGAACUUCAUGUGUCCGUAAUGAGCUCUGUCGCACUUGGGCUUGGACUGCAAGAGAGUUUCUUUGACGGCAAGAUUAACGAACAGUAUCACAACCUUAGACUUCUCUCCUACCCACCUAUUAAAACCGAGAUACUUCGUCAGGAAGGCCAAGCUAGAGCUGGAGCACAUUCUGAUUACGGAACUUUGACUCUCCUAUUCCAAGAUUCCGUCGGAGGACUCGAGGUACAAAACCCUCACACAGGAGAGUUCCUCGCAGCUUCUCCAAUCCCAGGAACCAUCGUAAUAAACGUCGGUGACCUCCUAAGCCGCUGGUCAAACGACAUCCUCCGUUCAACACUACACCGCGUCGUCGCCCCUCCCUCAAAGCAAAUUAACGAAACCGAACAGAUGACACCCGCUCGACAAUCCAUCGCGUUCUUCUGCAACCCAAAUGGCGGUGCUCUUAUUGACUGCUUGCCGAGCUGUUAUGGCCCUGGUAAAGCGAAGAAGUACGAACCGGUAACGACUGAACAAUAUAUCGUACAACGCUUGUCUGAUACUUAUUUGUGA